AUGAGCAAAGAUGAGGAAUUUCUGUGGAAUGCUUACCAUAAAGUGAGCCUUACGUACAGUAUGUGUUAUUGUAACAAUUUUCAGUUAAUCAAAACAUAUAAAGCCCAUCAUCAUCGAAACGAGCAAUGCGAGGUCGAAAUUAAAGGGUUAGAGAAGAAUGUCAUCAAACAAAUUGAUGUCAAUCUCGACAGAAUAUAUGAGUUAGCCUUGCUGGAGGAGAUCUACCGGAUCCACCGGUGUUUUAGAGAUGAUAUGAAGCAAAGAGUCGAGAGUUUACAUAAAUUAUUGGAUGAGUUUGAGGCGUGCAAGAAGAAGAGGAUAAAUUUCGAAAUUUCUGAUCUUUUUCAAUGGAAUUUUGGAGAUUUUCAACAUGGUAAGAGCAAUAAUUCAUCGAUCUUGCUCUAUUUUUUAGUUACUCUUCCCUUGCAAAGUUUACAAAUAUUUUUGUGCCGAAGUAAGACCGAAACAACGCCAAAACCAACUCAAUGCAGAUUCAUACGAAUGCAGUUUUCUUCAGAACGGAAACGAAAACCAUCAGUAGACAGUCAUUCGGACAUUCCGAUCGAUUUUACACCCAAUUCUCGCCAAAAUUCCCGAUUCUUCAAACGAAAAACUCCGUCUCGACGUGAAAGUGGUCAUCACAGUGGAAUUGAACAGACUGUAAGUGGAAAAAAUAGAAAUUAAGAUUAAAAAUUACCAUUACAUCUAUGUAUUUUGUAAUGACUUUAUAAAACCAAAAAAACAAAACGCAAAAAACCACUAGGUCCCGGCGGGGGUCGAACCCGCAAUCUUCUGAUUAGAAGUCAGACGCGUUAUCCAUUACGCCACGGGACCACACUCCACCACUCGCGAAAAAACGCAAAGGAGGGAGAGGCUCGCUGACCUUGGGAGCGAUUUUUUGUGCCCGUAAGAAAAUAAACAGAGAGCCGUUUUUUGCGGCGACAAAGAAGAAAUAUUAUCCAUAAAAGCAAAAAAUUGAAAUUUUAGAUUGCCUGGCUCCAUCGACUGAAUGAGCUCGAGUCCGAGAAAUCGGUGGAAUUAUGGCAAAAAGUCCGAAGUUUGGAACGUUUAGAGCGGUUUUCCUCGGAAGAAUACUUGGAUAAAAUGGCCGCUAAGCUUCCUACUGCCUGGAAACGGGGCAAACUUGAACGGAGACGUCUUUUCCUAGAAAAACUUGACUUGAUGUCUCAGAUUUUGAACCAAAAAUGGGCCGACUCAACUAAAACUAACUAA